AUGGAACCUGCAUCGAACCUGCAAACCCCGUCAUUGCGGCGAAAGAACCGUGCCGCAGCGGACCAUCUUACACUCGCACCAUUAACAACCUUAUUACCCCGCGAAGAGUACGACACCACCGCACUCUCUCGCCCACACACAUCCUACAUCCAAGGCCGAUCCGCGCCCACGACUCCCGUCAUCCUCUCCCAUUCACCACCGCCCUUCCGCCGCCCGUCACGAGACCACUCCGUCCCGUACUCACCAGCCCGGGCGGCCCUAACCAAGAGCAAAUCCUCGAUCCAACUUCCCAAGACCGACAGCAUCACAAACACCACAAACCCAAAUUACGUCAGCCGCAGCCCCAGCUGGCGCGCCCGCUCCACCAAACUCCUGCUCCACGUCGGCGCACUGAUAGCGUCUGAGGCGCGCGACGCCAAGGGGCAGGGGUGGCUCGUGACGCGGGCGAACUCGACAUCCAGCCUCCCGGACCGCGCCGAGCUGGCCAUCACCACCCCGACCCACGCCCAAACGCCCGUCGACGAGAACGACCUGACGCCGCAAGCCCGCAUCCUCCACCACCGGCAGCAGCGCUGGGAGCGCGACCGCCGCGCCGCGCUGAGCGCCCAGGCCAACCGGCGUGGGAGCAGGGACUACUCCGCCUCGGCGUCAGCAUCGGCGCUGCCGUCGACGUUGGUGUCGCCCGUCCAGAGCCAUUUUAGUGGUGGUGGUGGCGGGAGUCGCAGCCGCAGCCGGCGGCCGAUGACGCCGGCGGAGAUUCGGCGGGCCGAGUUGCUGGCAUCGAUGGAGGACGAUCCGCAGGUGGCGGAGGAUUACUUCGGGGAGGUGGCGGCGGCGGCGGAGUCGAGUGAGGAGCAGACGCCGCUGGCCGGGACGGCCUUUGUGAACAUCGACAUGGAGCUCGAGUUUGGCUUCCCAACGCACGACGAGGACGAGAUCCUGGAGGCGGACGAGGAGUACAUCCGGAAGCUUACGAAGCAGAGGGGGGUGCUGGCGUGGAUUGUGGAUAAGAUGAUGGGGCGGGAAUACGAGGAGGAUGAGGAGGAGGAGGAUCCCGAGGAAGAAGUCUACGGGGAGGGCAGUUCCAAGUCGUGGGAGGAGGAGAAGCGGGAGCGGGACGCAAGGCGGGCCGCGAUUCUGAAGAGCGUCCAGAAUUCCACUGCCGUACCAUUGGACGAACGGCCGCCGAAGGAGGAUGGCGGGUUGUUGAGCGACGCGGCGUGGUUGUUCAACGUGGCCAAGAACUCCCUUCUUCUGUGA